GUCUGCAGCCAUACACUAAUUACAGCUUCAUGCUCACUGCGUGCACAUCUGCUGGGUGUUGUUCUAGCCAAGCACUUUCAGGUCAAACUUUACAAGCUGCUCCUCAUGGGGUAUGGCCAAAACCUCAUCAUAUCAUAGUCAGAUCAACAGAAGUGGAAAUCUACUGGAGUGAACCAAAGCGACCCAAUGGGCUCAUUACUCAGUAUCGAUUAUUUCGUGAUGGAGAACAGAUUUUUCUGGGUGACAGUAAAGACCUGAAUUUCACAGAUGUUAACCUGCAGCCCAACAGUAGAUAUGUUUACCAGCUGGAAGCCAGCACUUGGGGCGGCAGCAACACUAGUGAUAAAUAUGUUAUACAAACACCAGUAGAAACACCAGAGAAAAUCCAUGUCCCAUAUAAUGCCACAGUAAUUGAUGCAUAUUCUAUAUAUCUAGCUUGGGCUGUGCCAGGGAUAUUCAUUGUUAAUGUGCCUCUGGAAUACAACAUCUUACUAAAUGCGAGCAGUCCUGAUCUACUGGUGAAGCCAGUAGGACGUGCACAGUUUGCUUUUGUCAGUGGCCUAGAUCCCUACACCCUGUAUGAGAUAAGAAUACAAGCAUGCCAGAAUGGUGGGUGUGGAGUGGGUGGUCAAACAUACGCAAGAACUGCUGAAGCACCUCCUGAGGAAUUGAGUCCACCUAUUGUUAAAGCAAAGGGAUCUGCACUCGUAGAAGUGAAAUGGGCACCACCUAAGAAACCAAACGGCAUCAUUACUAACUACUUUAUUCACAGACGUCCUGUAGGAAGUCAAGAAGAGCUACUUCUGUUCAUCUGGGCUGAAGGACCUUUGGAAUUUAUUGAUGCGUCUGAUGCUUUACAGCCUUUUACUCUCUAUGAGUAUCGUGCCAGAGCUCAGAACGCUGUGGGGUCAGUGGACAGCCUGUGGGCUUCAGCCCAAACUCUGGAGGCUUCCCCGUGGGGCAUGGGAGCCCCUUGGGCACAAGCAACAGGUGCAUACUCAGUGCGGCUGAACUGGACCCAGCCUGUCUCUCCCAAUGGAGUUAUAUCUCUGUACCGAGUUGUCUACCAAGAAAAACGCAGCGAUCCAACAUUUAACACCCCAGCUGUUACAGCACUCACCGUAAGGGGAACAAAGCAUCAGGCUCAUUUAUUUGGAUUGAAACCUUUCACAACAUAUCAUAUUCACGUCGUAGCAGUAAACAAUGCUGGGCAGGUCUCAAGCCCCUGGACAUCUGUGCACACGUUGGAAGCUUCACCCAGUGGCCUGAGCAACUUCACUGUGGAAAAGAAAGAAAAUGGCAGAGCUUUGCUGCUAAAAUGGUCAGAGCCCUCCCAGCCCAACGGCGUGAUUAAGACCUACAACAUUUUCAGUGAUGACAACCUGGAGUACAGUGGUUUAUCUCGCCAGUUCCUCUUCAGGCGCCUGGAGCCCUACACCCUCUAUACCCUCGUACUGGAGGCUUGCAACGCAGCAGGCUGCACUCGCUCUCCCCCCCAGCCCGUCCAAACAGAUGAAGCACCCCCAGUGUCUCAGAUGGCACCUGUAAUCCAGGCAGUGAACGCCACCAACGUCGAACUAAGUUGGUUGCAGCCAAUUAAUCCAAAUGGAAAAAUAAUUCGCUAUGAAGUUGUUCACAGGCGCACAAAAGAAAAUGCUGCAGGGUACAGAGCAACAACAGAAGAUGAGGAAAUUGUUUUCACAGAAUAUAACACUGAAAGUAAUACAUUCCUAUAUAAUGAUAAAGGUUUACAGCCGUGGACAAGGUAUGAAUAUAAAAUACGCACCUGGAAUGCAGCAGGUUACACUGACAGCUCCUGGACAGUGGCAAAGACAAGUCAAACUGCCCCAAAAGGUCUCGCCGUUCCCAGGUUGUCCUUGGUGUCAGUCAACCCCCGCAAAGUGCUCAUCUCGUGGGCCUCCCCGACACAGCCCAACGGUAUUCUUCAGUCCUACAGGCUGCUGAAGAACGACGUUCUCUAUCCUUUCAGCUUCGACGCUGCUACCUUCAACUACACGGACGAGGACUUACUGCCCUACUCAGUCUACAGUUACGCGAUAGUUGCCUGUACGAUGGGAGGCUGCUCUACCAGUGAGCCAGCUGCAAUACGGACGCUGGAAGCAGCUCCUGCCUUCGUGGACCCUCCAGCUCUGCAAGCUGUCAGUGCUACUCAAAUUAAUGCAUCCUGGGCACCUCCCCAAAUACAAAAUGGAGAUAUCACCAAGUACAUAUUAAAACUAAACAAUAAAGAGUAUUAUCCUGGCAAAAGUUUGCAAAUGUUGGUUUCUAAUCUACAGCCUUACACGCAGUAUGAUUUUGCAUUGGUUGCCUGUACUGCAGGGGGCUGCACAUCUAGCCUGUCCCAGUCAGUGAUGACUAUGGAGGCUCCACCACUAACCAUGGAAGCUCCCAGGCUGCUUGUCAUGGGCUCGGAAUCGAUUGAAAUAACAUGGAAACUUCCAGCUAACCCAAAUGGUAAAAUCACAAGCUAUGAGCUAAGGAGGGAUGGUGUACUUGUAUACUCAGGUCUGGAAACUCGGUAUCUGGAUUUCAACCUAAUGCCAGGCAUGGAGUACAGCUACAUUGUCACUGCAAAUAACAGCCAAGGGAGUGUGACCAGCCCAUCAGCUCAGAUAAAAACCAACCCCUCUGCUCCAUCUGGGAUGUUGCCUCCUAGGUUGCAGGCAUGGUCCUCAAGGGAGAUUUUGGUGGCCUGGGAUCCUCCUAUCAAAGUAAACGGUGACAUUAGAAAUUACACAAUCUCAAUCCACAAGCCUGCUGAAACAGGAAAGAAAACUGUUGACUUUGAUGCAUCUCAUGUUUCGUUUCUGAGACGGUCAUACAUAGUGGCAGAGCUACAACCCUACACUAGGUAUGAAGUACAGCUCCAAGCUUGCACAGAGCUGGGUUGUGCCUCCAGCGAGUGGGCAUCGGUGCAGACGCUGGAGGCCCCCCCAGCAGCACAGCCUGCCCCCCUCAUAGAGGUACAGACAACAGCUGGGGGGUUCCAGUUGGCUUCUUCCAUCCUGUGGACUGGCCCACAGCAGCCAAAUGGGAAGAUCUUGUACUAUGAACUUUAUAGAAGGCGAACGACCCAAGCCCAUAUAAAUUUAGACCUCAUGCUUGUUUACAAUGGUUCUUCAACCGCCUUCAAAGAUGACAAGUUGCUGCCUUACACAGAAUAUGAAUAUCAGGUGUGGUCAGUAAACUCAGCGGGGCGGACACCGAGCGGCUGGUCUCGCUGCCGGACGGGCCCUGCCCCUCCCGAAGGCCUGGGAGCUCCCCUCUUCGACAUGGUGGCCUCCACAGUGGCCGUGGUGAACAUCAGCCCCCCUCUUAAGCCGAACGGGGUGGUCAGUAUCUACAGGCUGUUUUCUAAUGAUACCAGAGGGACUGAUGUGGUGCUGUCAGAAGGAACUGCCACCCAGCAGACAAUACAUGGGCUAAAGCCUUUUACCACAUACUCCAUUGGUGUGGAGGCCUGCACUUGUUUCAACUGUUGCAGCAAAGGACCCAUGGCCCAAAUCACGACGCAGCCAGCCCCUCCCUCAGAGCAGCCCCCUCCGCAGAUCCGCACCGUGACCUCCAGGAACGCCUCUUUCCAGUGGAGUGCCCCUCAGUCACCCAAUGGCAUUGUCACCAGCUAUGAGCUCCAUGUGUAUAUGGCUUGUCCCCUGAACCUACAGCCAGCAGUGAAGGCUUGCAGUCCUGGCCCAACUGAGGUGAAGUAUACAGGAAAAGGACAGAGUGCCAAUGUGUCCAACCUGGAGCCUUACACCACCUACAACCUGCGAGUUGUAUCUUACAACUCUGUUGGCAGCAGCGCCUCAGAGUGGAUUGGUUUCACUACAGAGAAGGAGCCACCUCGGUACAUGAUUCCCUUUUCCAUCGUGAGCAAUUUCUCUACCAUCCACAUAGACUGGAGUCGCACUUUUGUGCUGAACGGACGCCUCAAGGAGUACGCGCUGACCGAGAGCGGGCAGCGCAUCUACAGUGGCUUUGACACGGAGCUGUAUUUACCAAGGACGUCUGACAAAACCUUUUUGUUUCAAGUGACCUGCAUCACCGAUGAAGGGAGUGCCAUGACACCAGUCAUCAAGUACAGCGCUGGAGAUGGAGUUGGUCUGAUCUUGACAACACCUGGAGAGAAGGACAAAGCAGAGUCCAAACGUGCAAAAUUCUACAACGAGUUGUGGUUUGCAGUGUUGAUGGUAGUUCUAGGUUUGAUCCUCUUGGCUAUUCUUCUCUCCUUAAUUCUUCAAAGGAAAGUCCACAAGCAACCGUAUGCACGAGACAGACCUCCUUUAGUUCCACUCCAGAAAAGAACAUCACCAAUGAGUGUAUACUCAUCAGGUGAAACCCACCCGUUUGAGACCAUUGCUGACACAUCUGAUUCAUCAAGCAGUGUCACCCUCAAAAGUUACACAAUGCACUUUGAGGGGCUGGCAGAUACGAAAAUUCCAGGAGCUGGUUCUCCCACGAGCAGCCGCAGUGUCCAUAUGGUAUCUGGGACAAGGAGACCAAGUCAGAGCCAGCUAAAUCGCACCUAUUCCCAAAACUCUCUUCAUCGUAGUGUCAGCCAGCUGCUUGACCUCUAUGACAAAAAGUCUCUUACUGACGAGCCACCUUGGGAUGCCAUUAUUCGCAACCAUCGUGCUACUGGUCGUGGCUUGUAUGUAGAUGAAGAGGAUCUUGUCAACGUCAUCAAAGGCUUCAGCACAGUCACCAAGGAGCACACUACGUUCACAGACACCCACCUCUGA